UCACAUGGCAAUCGCUCAGAGGAAUCUAACUUGCAGCUUUGCUUAAUUUCCUAUGCUGGAUUGUCACAGGUGGUACAUCUUGAAACAAGACAGCGACAUGAGUGUGAGCUACGAAUGCGAGGAAAGCAUCAACAUCCGCACCGACGGUGACACGGAAACACCGGAAGUUGUUGACGUGGCAGUUCUGUCCGUGAAAGGCUCCCUGGUUAUGGUGGUCUCUGACCACAACAAUAACUGUCUCAAAUCCUUCUACACCAAGGAUGGUCGGAAACAUAAUACAAAGGUAAAGACGAAAGGAAAACCCCUAGGUCUAGCAAAACUUUCCUCCAAUAGGAUUGCAGCAGCCGUGUGGCCAAAUCGUCUAGUUCUGGUCGAGGCAACUCCAGAUCUUCAACUCCUGUCUGUUCUGGAGACAUGCAGGCAAUAUCGUGGUCUGGCAGCCUUGGCUGAUUCAACAUUAGCUGCAGCUUCUCUAUCACAGUACAUCGAUAUCCUGGACGGUAAUGGAGACGUGCUGAGGUCCAUUCCAGUCCCCAUCACAGAUCAGAACAUGGGACCGGUGUCAUAUUUUCUUCACGCGUCACUGAGUACUAAUAUUCUGGUGUCGGACUAUGGAUCAAAGUCUGUUUAUUGCGUCACUUCAUGGGGAGGAGUUGUCUUCACUUACACGCCCAGAGGGGAGACAGAAUUAAAAGAACCACGAGGAAUUACCGUCACGAGAUCCGGGGAUAUCCUCCUGGCAGACUGGUCAGCUAAUGCCAUAAUACACCUGUCAGAAGAUGGUCAGUUCGAAAAGAACAUUUUGUCUGGAGAAGACGGAGUGGCCAAACCCUUCGGGUUAUGUGUCGAUGACCAGGAUCGACUUUACGUCUGUCUUCCGGGUGGUGAAGUCAAGGUCUUCCGGCGUACAUCGCUUGGAUGAACUUUUGUCAGAGAUGAUCUUCUGGCUCUGUGCUUUGACGUUUCAUUGUGAAAAGGCCAUUUAAAGAAGUUAGUAUUUUGAUGCACAUCCUGAUGUUUUGUUCGUUACCGGUUUAAACCUGCACUAAAAUAUUUCGGCUAUAUGGCAAUAACCUACUCUGGACAUAAAAACUCUAGUGAUUGACAUCAUGAUCAUCUAUCUACGCAAUUGCAUGUCAGCGAGUCUAACUACCAGAUCCAUUUGGACAGUUCAGGAUUUUCACGUGGUAUGUGUCCAAACUGGAUUGCUUAAUGGUACAACAGUAGAUGAACAUUCUCAUAUUGUUCAAUAAAGACCAAACAGCCUGUUCUCUUCCAGUAAUUUACCAACCUCAGCUAGACAUAAACGAGACCAGUUCAACAGCCUCAUUUGUUUCGUAUUUUGAUCUGUGCAGAACGAUUCAAAGUAAUAAUAUACUCUCCACAAGAGUGCAUGACCAAAUAUAUGAUUUCAUUUGUCAACUUUACCUUUUGUACAGCAAUGUUCCGAUAUUUUAGCUUUUUGUGUCUAUAUUUCACAUUUUUUAAAAAGAAGAAUCAAGCAUACUCCUUUUUACCAACACGUCAAGGAGCGUUAUACGACUCUCGCUAAAAAUGUUUUAAUCGGUAUUGCAACAUUCAACGCCUCAGCAACUUUUGAAAUACACUUAGAUUGCUACAGGACGUUUAAGUUUUGUUUCGGGUGAACAGUUGACUUGUCCUUGCAUGUGUUUGUGACAGGUGCCACAGUGGGGCAGGAUACGCUCAUGUUUUUGCGAACAUCUGGCAGCAUAACUGGUUGGUGAAUAUUCAUAAAAACAUGCUGAUGAUAAUGAAUCGUGGAAUGGAUGUACAAUGACAGAGGUUUAUGACAAGAAAAUGGUUCACAUGAAUUGUAUGUAUAUUUGUGAUCGUGGUUAUUUAGAGUGAGUGAGUGAGUUUAGUUUUAAGCCGCACUCGGCAAUAUUCCAGCUUUUGUGGCAAGCAUGGGUUGCUGAAGACCUAUUCUACCCCGGAUCUUCACGGGUCUGAUUAUUUAGAAUACAAACAUGUAGUCGCAGUGUAUAUAAGCAUCGCUAUUUGCUGAGAUGACAUGUUUGAUAAAAUUUCAAAUACAAACCGCUGUAAU